CCUCAUCAUUUUUCAAGCGGGACCUUCUAUCCAGAUAUGCGACUUGCCGAAUCAAAAGAUGUAGUUCUUCAGCCUUUGUCAAUCUUAGUAUGGUUUUCAGGUGCAGUACCUCGUCAUCUCGCUCAUUCGAAUAUUCCCAUUGAAAUUACUGUGUCUUUGAAAGACGAAUAUAAAUCAUUCACAGUACCAGUAAUUGAGAUAGUGUCUCAGCAGCAUCAUCACUCGAAUAAUGUAUUGCAUCUGAAGUCCAUGGCUUUCAGUCAAUCUUGCUCUGCGACUGAUAGCAACAUGGCUUUUUCCUUCCUUCCCCUGCCACCAGCAUUCGAUCACAUGGAUUCUGACCACUGGGCAGAACUCUUGGACAACAUCCAAUCCUGGCUCAUAAAAUCUGUAGAUCCGAUAACGCCUGAAUGGACUUGGGGUCGGGAAGCGUUCUGGUAUGCAUUCAUCACCACCCAUCCCGACUUCCCAAGCGGAAAGUGGUCCUUCUGGGAUCCUAGUAUUCCCAUUGAGGGCCAAUUCAUCGAGGAGUGGGUG